AGUGUAAAUAAUUUUUUAAAUAGGAUGACAUUUAAAAAUAAAACAUAAUUCUAAUAAGUACAUAUAUUACAUUUAACACUUUUUUUGUUGUAGAAAAUGAAAAAUUGUAAAAUAUGUCGAAACAAGAGACACCACCUUAAUAGCUUUUCAGGGGGUUUUCGUAACAAAUUCUAAGAAUAAUAAAGUAAAACAUUUUAACAUUUUAACUCUACUAAAAAUCAUAUAAAUAGCAACACAUUUUCUGAGCAAUAUUCAAAGUGCAAUUGUUAAAUGAUUAAUUCAAAAGUUGAUUGUUAUUGAAGAAAGUGUCUCUCGCCUGGAAUAAAUAAAUAUGAUAUUUGAAUUGAAUGUACUUUGUGGUGUAUUCUUUACAUCAUUGCUGAUUACAAUAUGUAAUGGUAAAAAAGAUUCUACAAUUAUUGUGGAGACUUCUCUGGGUCAGAUGAAAGGCUUACAAUUGGAAACGCGUUUAGGUAAUAAUAUUUGGGCAUUUCGUGGUGUACGUUAUGGUCAACCUCCAGUAGGUGAAUUGCGCUUUCAAAAUCCUUUACCGGUAAAAGCCUGGAAACCUGAAAUAUUCGAUGCUACUCAAGACGGUCCCAUGUGCGCACAAGUAACGGAUAAUUUAGCAAAAAUAUCUGAAGAUUGUUUACGUCUAAAUAUCUAUACUAAAGAUAUGAAUACAAGAAAACCUGUUUUAGUAUAUUUGCAUCCAGGUGGAUUUUAUUCGGGUGCUGUCAAUAGCAAUUAUGCGGGACCACAAAAUUUUAUGGAUCAAAAUAUUGUAUUGGUUACCAUUGAAUAUCGUUUAGGUUCAUUAGGAUUUUUAGCUACCGGAACAACUGAUGCUGCCGGUAAUAUGGGUUUAAAAGAUCAAGUUUUAGCAUUACGUUGGAUAAGAGAUCAUAUAGAUAAAUUUGGAGGGGAUCCAAAUUCGGUGACAUUGUGGGGCUAUAGUGCUGGUAGUUUCAGUGUAGGUUUGCAUAUGAUGUCACCCAUGUCUAAGGGUUUAUUCCAUCGCGGCAUUAUGAUGAGUGCCUCACCAUUGGCUCAAUUUAUGUAUAAAACAGACCAAUUAGAAUUGGCUCAAAAGCAGGCCAAACUCUUGAACUGUCCAAUCAAACCAAUUAAAGAUUUGGUGAAAUGUUUAAAAACAAAAUCUAUGCUAGAUUUUGUUAACACUAUGGAAGAAAUGUUUGAAGACAACUGGAAUCCUGUCUACAAUUGGCUGCCUGUUAUAGAAAGCGAUUGUGGUGGAAAUUAUGAACGUUAUCUUAUAGAGGACCCAUAUACCACAAUGUCCAAAGGAGAUCUUAGUAAGGUUCCUCUAAUAACAGGCAUAACAGAAUACGAAUUUUAUUCUAUCGGCUAUUAUGCUUUACGCAAUGAUACACAGCGUCAACAUUUUAAUGAUGAUUUUGAAAAAUAUACACAAAUCUAUUUUCUGUAUGAACGAGAAACGCCAAAGUCUUUGGAAGCAAGUACAGCUAUACGUAAAUUUUAUUUCCAAAAUAAACCAUUAGAAUUUCCCCAAUCAUUAAUACCAUUUGGUCAAUUGUAUGGUGAUGGUUUAAUUGGUUUUGCUUAUCAUCGUUUCUUACAAAUGGUUUCAAAAUAUACGUCCGUCUACACUUAUCUUUUUACAUAUAAAGGACGCUAUAGUCAUUUUGUAAAUCCUGACACUAACCAGACUUUAGGUGCUAUGCAUCAUGAUGAGUUAUUGUAUUUACUAAAUGUGCCCUUAUUAACGCCUCAAUUCAAAAAAACGGAUCCUGAAAACGAUACCAUUGAGCGUUUAACUAGAUUUUGGUUUGAAUUUGCCAAAAAGAGUGAUCCUAAUAACGCUUCCGAUGGUUAUUUAAAAGCUGUUGAAUGGCCUUUGUAUACCGAAGACAAAAGACAAUAUCUGGAAAUUGGUGAAAAUUUAAAUGUUAAAUCGUAUGGUAUCUUUCCGGAACGUUUUCAAUUAUGGGAUCGUUUAUUUCCCAUACCGGAGAUGUUAAAUUCAAAUAAUGGACAAUGUAGAAUUUAAGAAAUUAAAAUUUUAAUUUAAAAAUAAAACAAGUAAGAGUGCUAUAUUCGGCUGUGCCGAAUCUUAUAUACCCACCA